AUGGAUUGUGCGGAAAAUAAUCUACCAAAUGGGAUUGAUUUAUUGGAAAUUGAUGAUUUGAAGCCACUAGGAGGAGAAAGUUCGGCAGCAGCAGCAGCAGAUGCAACAAACAGCAACAGCAUCAAGUACCCACGUCACCAGAGAAGAUCAGUCUACCUCUUUGAAAAGUUACAGGAAGUUCAAGAGCAAUUGAAAGAGAAAGAGUUACAGUGUGAAAAUUUGACAAAGGAACAGCUGCAAACAGGGGAAGAGGUCCAAGAACUGACUGCUGCUCUUUUUGAAGAAGCUAAUAAAAUGGUGCAAGAUGCAAACAUUAAGAGAAGACAAGCUGAGAAACAACUUGAAGACUCUUUGAUGAAGAUUGAAGUUUUGCAGGAAGAGGUGACAGUUUUGAAGAAACUCAUUCUCAGCCCAACAACUCCCAACUCACCAAACUUCAUAAAGACACCGCAGUUAGUGAAGUCAUCAUCAAACUCCAACUUCACAAAAGGCCACAAAAGGUCAAUCAGCCAUCACAGUACAAUAAGAAUUGUUGAUGAUAUUGACACUUUAGCUCCCUAUGAUAAUGAGAUUGACCUGCCAAGAAGAGAGAAGUUUAGGACAUGGAAAGCCUGUCCUACAUUAAAUCCAUCUGAUCCAUUCAUAGAAGACAUUAUAAGAAAUGAAAUAAAUCCCUGUCUGGCCUUCAAGAAUGAUUCAGUUGGUACUUUCAAUAGGGAUUGA